CGCAGUCCGGGCGGCUCAGGCGCCGCGCGGAGGAGCGCUGGUCGCCGCCGGUAUGGCCCUGAGCGCGGGAGUCCCUGUCAGCAGCCGAGCCACGGCGGCCGUGAACUUGGCGACGCGCUCCUGCUUCCCGGCCUCUGUCAUGUAGUCGCCGGCGGCGCUCCCCGCAGCCCGGGAGCCGCAGCGUGAUCCAGACACAGCCUAGCAGUCUCGGCUUCCCCGGGUGACGCCGAGCGCCUCGCCACCCCUCGGGGCGGCACUUUGGAACGGAGAGGGACAUGGGGGAGGAAGUUUCCGAGGCGCCCGAGCCAGUGCCCCGAGGAUGCAGCAGCCACGGCGCCCGGACCCUAGUCUCUCCGGCGGCGGCCGUGUCCUCGGAGGGCGCUUCCUCAGCGGAGUCGUCCUCGGGAUCGGAAACUCUGUCGGAGGAAGGGGAGCCCGGCCGCUUCUCCUGCAGGUCGCAGCCGCCGCGGCCGCCGGGCGGCGCUCUGGAAACCCGGCUGCCCGCCGCGUGGGCUCCCACGCGCGUGGCGCUGGAGCGUGGAGUUCCUACCCUACCGCUGCCGCCCCCCGGAGGAGCGGUAUUGCCCGUUCCCCGGGUCACCAGUGCAUCCCAAGAGGAACAGGACGAGGAGCUUGACCACAUACUAUCUCCGCCACCCAUGCCGUCUCGGAAAUGCAGCAACCCAGAUGUGGCCUGUGGCCUCGGGAAGUCACUGAAGUACAAGCGGCAGCUGAGUGAGGAUGGGCGGCAGCUGCGGCGAGGGAGCCUGGGAGGGGCCCUCACUGGGAGGUACCUCCUUCCAAACCCGGUGGCAGGUCAAGCCUGGCCUGCCUCAGCAGACACGUCCAACCUCGUGCGCAUGCGCAGCCAGGCCCUGGGCCAGUCGGCUCCCUCGCUCACAGCCAGUUUGAAGGAGCUGAGCCUGCCCCGAAGAGGAAGCCUUUGCCGAACAAGCAACCGGAAAAGUCUGAUAGGCAAUGGCCAGUCACCAGCAUUGCCUAGGCCACACUCACCUCUCUCUGCUCAUGCAGGAAAUAGCCCUCAAGACAGCCCAAGGAAUUUCUCCCCCAGUGCCUCAGCCCAUUUCUCAUUUGCCCGGAGGACGGAUGGGCGGCGAUGGUCUCUGGCUUCUCUCCCCUCCUCAGGCUAUGGGACAAAUACACCAAGCUCCACCGUCUCUUCAUCCUGUUCCUCCCAGGAGAAGUUGCACCAGUUACCCUACCAGCCAACACCAGAUGAAUUACACUUCUUAUCCAAACAUUUUUGCACCACGGAAAGCAUCGCCACUGAGAACCGAUGCAGAAACACGCCCAUGCGUCCCCGUUCCCGAAGUCUCAGCCCUGGACGUUCCCCUGCCUGCUGUGACCAUGAAAUAAUUAUGAUGAACCAUGUCUACAAAGAAAGGUUCCCAAAGGCUACGGCUCAGAUGGAAGAACGCCUAAAGGAAAUCAUCACCAGCUACGCCCCAGACCAUGUCCUCCCCUUAGCAGACGGAGUGCUCAGCUUCACUCACCAUCAGAUUAUCGAGCUGGCUCGUGAUUGCUUGGAUAAGUCCCACCAGGGUCUCAUCACGUCACGAUACUUCUUUGAAUUGCAGCACAAAUUAGAUAAGUUGCUACAGGAGGCUCAUGAUCGCUCUGAAAGUGGAGAGCUGGCAUUUAUUAAACAGCUAGUCCGAAAGAUCCUAAUUGUUAUUGCUCGCCCUGCUCGCCUGUUGGAGUGCUUGGAGUUUGACCCUGAAGAAUUUUAUUACCUAUUGGAAGCCGCCGAAGGCCAUGCCAAGGAAGGUCAGGGAAUCAAAAGUGACAUCCCCAGAUAUAUCAUCAGCCAGCUGGGGCUCACUAAGGACCCUUUGGAAGAAAUGGCUCAGUUGGGGAAUUAUGAUAGUGGGACAGCAGAAACGCCAGAGACGGACGAGUCUGUGAGCAGCUCAAAUACUUCCCUGAGACUGCGAAGGAAACCUCGAGAGAGUGAUUUUGAAACAAUUAAAUUGAUCAGCAAUGGGGCCUAUGGGGCGGUCUACUUUGUCCGGCAUAAAGAAUCCCGGCAGAGGUUUGCCAUGAAGAAAAUCAACAAGCAGAACCUCAUCCUUCGGAACCAGAUCCAGCAGGCCUUCGUGGAGCGCGACAUCCUGACGUUCGCAGAGAACCCGUUUGUGGUCAGCAUGUAUUGCUCCUUUGAAACGAGGCGUCACUUGUGCAUGGUCAUGGAGUAUGUGGAAGGGGGAGACUGCGCGACCUUGAUGAAAAACAUGGGUCCUCUCCCAGUUGAUAUGGCCAGAAUGUACUUUGCUGAGACAGUCUUGGCCUUGGAGUAUCUGCAUAAUUAUGGAAUUGUACACAGGGAUUUGAAGCCAGAUAACCUGUUGGUCACCUCCAUGGGGCACAUAAAGCUGACUGAUUUUGGAUUGUCUAAGGUGGGGCUCAUGAGCAUGACUACCAAUCUCUAUGAAGGUCACAUUGAGAAGGAUGCCCGAGAGUUCCUGGAUAAGCAGGUCUGUGGUACUCCUGAGUAUAUCGCCCCCGAGGUGAUUCUGAGACAGGGCUAUGGAAAGCCUGUGGACUGGUGGGCCAUGGGCGUCAUUCUCUAUGAGUUUCUGGUUGGAUGUGUGCCUUUCUUUGGGGACACUCCAGAAGAGCUAUUUGGACAAGUCAUCAGUGAUGAAAUCAACUGGCCUGAGAAGGAUGAGGCCCCUCCUCCAGAUGCUCAGGAUCUGAUUACCUUGCUCCUCAGGCAGAAUCCGCUGGAGAGGCUGGGAACAGGUGGCGCCUAUGAAGUGAAACAGCAUGGGUUCUUCCGCUCUUUAGACUGGAACAGUUUGCUCAGACAGAAGGCAGAAUUCAUUCCCCAACUGGAGUCGGAGGACGACACGAGCUAUUUUGAUACUCGGUCAGAGAAGUACCAUCACAUGGAAACGGAGGAGGAAGACGACACGAACGAUGAGGACUUCACCGUGGAGAUAAGACAGUUUUCUUCCUGUUCACACAGGUUUUCAAAAGUUUUCAGCAGUAUAGACCGAAUAACCCAGAAUUCGGGAGAGGACAAAGACGACUCGGAGGACAAGACCAAAAGCACAACUUUGCCAUCCACGGAGACCCUCAGCUGGAGUUCAGAAUACUCUGAAGUGCAACAGUUAUCGACAUCCAACUCUUCAGAUACGGAAAGCAACCGAGGCCGACUCAGCUCUGGCCUGCUCCCCAAGCUGGCCAUCUCAGCAGAGGGAGAACAGGAGGAGGCUGUCCCUUGCUCUGGAGACCCCAGAGAGGAGCCAGAAAAACCAGCCCUUCCUCCUGAGGAGUGUACUCAGGAGGAGCCCGAGGUCACCACCCCAGCCAGCACCAUCAGCAGUUCCACACUGUCAGUUGGCAGUUUUUCAGAGCACUUGGAUCAGAUAAAUGGGCGAAGCGAGUGUGUGGACAGUACAGAUAAUUCCUCCAAGCCGUCCAGUGAACCCACUUCUCACAUGGCUCGGCAGCGAUUAGAGAGCACAGAGAGAAAGAAAAUUUCGGGCAAAGUCACAAAGUCCCUCUCAGCCAGUGCUCUGUCCCUCAUGAUCCCAGGAGAUAUGUUUGCUGUGUCUCCCUUGGGAAGUCCAAUGUCCCCACACUCCCUGUCUUCAGACCCUUCUUCCUCCCGGGAUUCCUCUCCCAGCCGAGACUCUUCUGCAGCAUCUGCCAGUCCCCACCAGCCCAUUGUGAUCCACAGUUCAGGGAAGAACUAUGGCUUUACCAUUCGAGCCAUUCGAGUGUACGUGGGGGACAGUGACAUCUACACGGUGCACCACAUCAUCUGGAACGUAGAAGAAGGAAGUCCCGCGUCCCAGGCGGGACUGAAGGCUGGGGAUCUCAUCACGCACAUCAAUGGGGAGCCGGUGCAUGGUCUCGUCCACACAGAAGUCAUAGAGCUCCUGCUGAAGAGUGGGAAUAAGGUGUCAAUCACCACCACCCCAUUUGAAAACACAUCGAUCAAAACAGGGCCAGCCCGGAGAAACAGUUACAAGAGCCGGAUGGUGAGACGGAGCAAGAAGUCAAAGAAGAAAGAAAGCCUAGAAAGGAGGAGGUCUCUCUUCAAGAAGCUAGCCAAACAGCCUUCUCCUCUACUCCACACCAGCCGAAGUUUCUCCUGCCUGAACCGAUCGCUGUCAUCUGGAGAGAGCCUCCCAGGGUCCCCAACUCACAGCUUGUCCCCACGAUCUCCAACUCCCAGCUAUCGGUCUACCCCUGACUUCCCAUCCGGUACAAAUUCCUCCCAGAGCAGCUCCCCAAGUUCAAGUGCCCCCAAUUCACCAGCAGGCUCAGGGCACAUCCGGCCCAGCACCCUCCAUGGCCUGGCCCCCAAACUCAGUGGGCAGCGGUACCGGUCUGGAAGGCGGAAGUCAGCUGGCAGCAUCCCACUCUCCCCGCUGGCCAGGACACCCUCUCCGACUCCCCAGCCUACCUCACCUCAGCGUUCGCCGUCCCCAUUAUUGGGGCACUCACUAGGCAAUGCCAAGAUCACCCAAGCCUUUCCUAGCAAGAUGCACUCUCCCCCGACGAUCGUCAGACAUAUCGUGAGACCAAAGAGUGCAGAGCCGCCCCGCUCCCCACUGCUGAAGCGGGUGCAGUCUGAGGAAAAGCUGUCGCCCUCCUAUGGCAGCGACAAGAAGCACCUGUGCUCCCGCAAGCACAGCCUGGAGGUGACACAAGAGGAGGUACAGCGGGAGCAGGGUCAGAGGGAGGUGACACUGCAGAGCCUGGAGGAGAAUGUAUGUGAUGCCACUUCCCUCAGUCGGGCCAGGCCGGUGGAGCAAGGCUGUCUGAAACGCCCUGUGUCCCGGAAGCUGGGCAGGCAAGAGUCUGUGGAUGACUUGGACCGAGACAAGCUGAAAGCUAAGGUUGUAGUAAAGAAACCAGAGGAGAAACACGAGCCCCACCAGAAACCACAUAGCCUUGGUGGUGAUUCAGAAUGCUACGCUCUCUUCAAGCUAGAGGAAAGAGAGAAGAAAGCAUAUCCUAAGGGGUUAGACAGGUCAGGCCAUUUUGAAACCACCACAGCCGAGUCCCCUUCCGUGGGCAGCCUGCUGAAGGACACUCUUCAUAAGCAAGCCAGUGUGCGGGCUAGUGAGGGGGUGACCUCAGACGGGGCAGCAUGCUGCCUGGUACCAGGGGAUCACAGCCAAUCUCUGAGUGACUUGAAACGGGCCUCAGCUUCUAGCAUCCUCCAUGACAGUGCAUGUCACGUCCCGGACAGGCCCACUUCUGGAAAGGCUGAACACACAGAGAAGGGCAAAGAGCUCCUCCGAAGUGAGAAAUUAGACAGCAAGCUGGCCAAUAUUGAUUACCUCCGAAAGAAGAUGUCACUGGACGACAAAGAUGACAGUCACUGUGCCCCCCUGAAACCCAAGGUGACAUCUAGCACCCAUGAAUGCCUGCCCGGGAACCCUGUACGGCCCAUGGCUGGCCAACAAGAGAUCUUGCCAGCCUCUGAGAGCCGGGCAUUCAUCAACAGUACCCACACACCUCAGAUAGGUACUGUUUCCUUUGUUCCUCUCAAAGCUGGCCGGGUAGAGAGUGGAGGGGAGAAACCAGGCUUAAUUGUUCCUGAGUCCCCUGUCAGGAAGAGCCCCUCAGAAUAUAAGCUGGAGGGCAGGUCAGUUUCAUGCCUGAAGCCGAUCGAGGGCACCCUGGACAUCGCUCUCCUGUCUGGACCUCAUGCCUCCAAAACACAGCUGCCUUCCCCUGAGCCUGCCCAGAGCCCCAGCCCAGAUGUCAGCGUGCCACCGUCAGUGCCACCGGCUCUUCCCAGUAGCAGUGGGAAAAAGGGUGACUCCACUAGCCUGAGAGAGCCCUCCUCAGCAAGCUUAAAGGUGAAUAAGUCUUACCUGCUGGAGCCCCGGUUUCUGCCCCCAAGCCGGGGUCUCCAGGACUCUCUGGCAGCUCCUGGGCCAGAGCCAAAGUCAAAGCAGGAGAGGAAGGUCAUUCAUCCUCUUGCCAGGACCACAGCAACUGUCACAGAGAGCAACCUCCAGCACAAAGACGGCAGUCCCACUAAACACCAAGACCAUCCCUCUGACGCCAAGGUCCUCCCUGGCCCAGGGCAGACCAUACACAGCGCGGACCCACCCAAGCUGGGUGCACGUACUCCACUCUCAUCGGAAGGGACCCCCUCAAAGGAGAAGCCAUGUCUGAAGGAAUCGUCUGAAAAGGUGAAAAGUGAGUGGUCUGCCAUGACGGAUGAUGGACACAGAGGUCCCUGUGUGAAGCUGUGUCCUGCAGAGACUGGAAAAGCCAGUGACAGUUCUAAAAGCAUCCCUUCUGGGGGAAGGACCCAUCCUGAUUUCUACAUGCAAACCCAGACUACUGAGAAAGCAUGGGCUUGUGCAAACACCAACCACAGAGAUGGCCAAGGCGAAGUGAAGUCCCUGGCCAGGGAGGACUUCUUACACUCAGCUGUGCUUCUGAAUGAAAAGGACGUAGGCAGGGCAAGAAAAGGCACAGAGCCCAAGCCUCAAGUUCCUACCACCAGGCACCCUCCUCAGCCAUCAGGAAUUGAGGGUGAGAAGCAUGAAAAGCUCUCCUCUGUCCCCUCUUUCCAGAAACAGGCUUCUAAAGAGCCCGACAGGAGAGAACAGGCCCCGAAAAGGCCCGGAGGCAACGGCCCUCAACAACCCCUGUCCACCAAAGAGCUGACCAAUUCAGCAGCUUGGCAGCACUGCAGUCCCCCAAACCACACUUUUGACAAGGAGCUGGGGACCAAGCCUGCUGCUGCAGAACCAAGCACCAGCCUCCAGGACACUCCCCAAUCUGCUACUGCCACCAUCACCGUCACUGCCACCCCCAGUGCUGGGCACAGUGACUACAGUAGCCAUAAGUCCCGGCCUGGCCCAGACCCCGGCCCUUCAAAGUCUAAGCACCCAGACAGGUCCCCCUCCUCACAGAAGUUGUGCACAGGGGGGCCUGCAAAAGGCAAGGAGCCUGUCGCCCAACCCCUUGGUGGUGGUUCCAGCAGAGAGGGGAAAGGUAGCAGCAAGGAUCCACUGGACCCGUUCCCUGCCAUCCUGACCACCCGGGGCAAAACAAGCGAUGUGCCUGGGCAGGGAGAAGGUAGGGUCACAGUCACUAUUACACUCCACGCUGAAGAGAGUCCUCUAGAUGCUAAACUGAAAACAACCAGUGAAGGGUGUGUCCCGGAGAUGCCCAAGCAUCCGCUCAGACAAGGACAUCCAGGGCCGAGCGAAGUGGUAGGCCAAAAGCUGCUCGCCGCUGGUGAAAAGCAAAACGUGUCUCCAAAACACCCCAAACCAUCCACUGUGAAAGAUUGCCCCGCCCUGUCCAGACAGACAGACAAAAGCCCAAGUCAGCAGGCUACCCCUGGGGACCGGAAGUCAGAAGGGAAGAAAGGCACAGAAGCACUUUAUGUUCCCACUCCAGAGGGCUACAAGCUGGAGGCCGGCCCGUCCUUCCAGCAUGGCGACACCAGUCUCAAAGGUCCAGAGAGGCCAGCCAUGGGUAUGGGGAAGGGCGUCUCAGAGUCCAAGGGGAAAGGGCCAGGUCCCCAGAAGACGCUGGCUGAGUCAGGCAAGCCCAGCGGUAUGAAAAGGUCACCCUCGGCCACUGUGCAGAGUUCUCUCCGCUCAGCUACGCCCCCAGAAAAGUCUCUGAGCUACUCAGCCAGCUUUCCUGAGGCCCAGCCUGGAGUGCGAGAGGGCACCGCAGCCAGCAGCCCCUCAUCUGCCAAGGAUAUCGGGGCCACCUCAGAAUCCCCGGCCCCCAGCAGCAGGGACCACAGGAAGUCCCAAUCUGGGGGAGAUGGUCGAAACCAAAUGACAAAGAGUGACUCUCUUCCCUCUUUCCGCCUCUCCAACUCUGUCCUUGAAUCACACUUCUCAGAUCCCCAGGCUCCCAGCACAGCGGGCCACCGAGACAGGGCACAGUCAGUAACUGCUGCCACAGGAGAUCAUAAAGGGAGAGAGCUUGCCCAGCCUCCCCAAGCCAGGAAACAGAACGUGGGCAGGGAGGUGACCAGAGCACCCCCAGCCCCAAGCACGGACCGCGCCCUCCCUCUUUCCUCAGAGAAAGACUUCGUGGUUCGGCAGAGGAGGGGCAAGGAGAGCUUGCGGAGCAGUCCUCACAAAAAAGCCUCCUAAUGUGU